UGAUUAACCUUCAGUAACACUUUCCCAGUGAUGUCAUGUCAGUAGUUUACUAACAUGUUGAGAGAGAUACAGCAGGUGUUGAGGCUGGUGAAGCUCCUGGGGAAGCAGAGACGACAGCGUGGUGUAAAGACGACAGGGGGACUAGUUGUUCUCCUGUGGACUGAAACUAAAACGUCUGCUCAUAGUUUAAACUGCACAGUUGCAGCUGCUGGUCCCUGGUGCACUGGGAUUAAAAUGAAAGCACUCCAACCUGUUCUCACAGAUUUGAAGGCGAGCAUGUUUCCCUGCUCGUGGCCGUGUCCUGAGCCUGACCCUGAGGAGCUGUCUGCCUUCACUGAUCUGUAUGGUUCCCUCAGAUUACUCCUCUCCUUUCAGAUGAAAGAUGCAAGACUUUUAAGUCCAGAGUGGAAAACUCACAUAGAGACAUUCCUACGCACAUUCAGCUUGGCUAAUGCAGGGAUUAAAAUCCAACUCAAAUUCAAAUUCAACCAGCAGACCCUCGAACCAGAAUUCAGAGUGAAAAUGAAAAGUAGAGUUGCACAGGCAGGAGAGACCUCAUUGAGUUUGGAUGUCACCUGUAACACACAGCCUCCAGAGUGUGUUAAGAAAGGAUGCUGGUGUCAGGGAGGACACCCUGACCCCGGAGACAGGUUGCUGCUCAGUAUCCCACCUCGAGCCAUGGAUCAAGGCCUGUAUGGGGAGCUCAGCGUCCAGCCUGUCACACUCCUUAGCCCCUGUGUGCUGCAGUACCCCAAUCUCGCAACCCAGCUCACUCACAUACAAGUUUUGGUUUACAGCCCCAGUAAUGUUCCUGUUACAGGCCCCUCAAGUUUCUUCCAGAGCCUCCCUGCUCAUCUGGGCUGUGAAGAACUGAGUGUGCACGGCCUCCACUGCUCCUCCUACAAAGAUCUUGUGCUCAGUGGUGGCAUUGUGUAUGAAGUAGAGCAAGAAAACCAGGAGGAAGAAUCGAGUCUUCCCACAAUGCAGCAGGGUCUCCUGCUCUUCCUCUUCCUGCAGCACAGCGACCCCUUCACCUCGCAGCUCUCUGAUGUCAUGGCUACAGAGGCCCUGAUAGAGCACCACCUGGAGGAUAUUCUCAGCAACAACAGACAGGCAGUCACAGCAGCCCUGGAGACUGAGCUAAAGAAAACACUGAAAGCCCAACAGCGCAGGAAAAGGGACCAAGAGAAGCUGCGUUCAGCUGUCAAGGUGAUUCUCACUUCGUCCAUCAGUAUCGUGAGCUCUAGCAGUAACAUGGACUUCAGAAAUGCCUGUCUGAACAGCAUGAAGGUGCGUGACACCCAUGAAUUGUCGGCCUCCCUCUGUGAAUCUUUGUGGAGGGUGACAUCAUGGAAAUUCACACCCAGAGGCCGGUGCUACUCUGCUCAGAUGGAGGAAGAGGAAGAGAGUGAUGGACCCACCAGGACAGAAAUCUGAGACUGUCUGAGUUUGUCAUUAAAAAAAAGAGAUGUGUUGAGUUUGAAGCCUCUGGAAGCAGUUAACACUGGACUGAAUAUUCAUGAUGUUGCAAAUGUGCUGGUGAUACAAUAAAGAAAAAUUAUUUAACCUUUGA